AUGUCCGGCCAGCCGACCAUUCGCCUCGCGACUCCGGAGGAUGUCCCCAUCAUCCUCCAGUUCAUCCAGGAGCUGGCAGAUUACGAGAAGGCCCUCCACGAAGUCGAGGCCACUCACGAAUCCCUCCUUGCAACCUUGUCCUUCCCCGACAGUCCUCCCAAGCGCGGCUCGGUGUACACCGCGCUCGUCAUUCCUCCCGCGACGCCCGAAAACCCGACCCCCAAGCCAGUUGGCAUGGCCCUCUUCUUCUACAACUACUCCACCUGGCGCGCGGCUCCGGGAAUCUACCUCGAAGAUCUCUACGUGCAGCCGAGUGCGCGGGGUAACGGGUACGGCUUCAAGUUGCUCAAGUACCUGGCCGCCAAGGUCUUGGAGAUCAAGGGAAGACGGCUCGAGUGGAGUGUUCUGAAGUGGAACGAGCCUAGCAUCAAGUUCUACGAGCAGGUCGGGGCUAGAGCCAUGGACGAGUGGACGAAGAUGAUGGUCGAGGGCCCCGCCUUGAAUCAACUGGCGGAGGGACUAUGA